UAACCCACCUCAUACACUCCAGGCAGAUUAUGCCUCCUUUACCGCAAUUGCCAUACCCUACCCCGGGUUGGUGUGUUGAGUUCAGCAACAGUGCUAAACUAACGUGAUGGCUGCGCCUCCGAGGCACUGCGUACUCAGCACGAUAGAUCAGGUAACAAAGCUCCGACUAACCUUCAAUUGCCAUAAUGUGCCAUCUCAGUUGGAAUUGCUUAUGUAUGGCUUUGCUUCAUUCCAAAGGAUGCUCACUUCUAUCCAACUGGCUAGAAUAGUGGUCACAGCGCGCUCUGGGAACAGGUUUAUGGCCCGCAAUAACGGACAUCCAAGCAAUUACCAUGUCUCGCACCCAUCCCGGACCAGCCAGAAACCCAAUUCCCACCAUCAGUAUCACUCGAGCCAACAAACUCUCCCAAGCAGAACAGCCUGUCAUAAACCAGCAAGGCAGCUCGGCGGAUGUGCAAAGCCAAGGUUCACACAGCGUUAUUGACUCCGAGGAUUACGGCUCCUUUUAUACCUCUAGUCCGUCCGAUAACCUCAGCCUUUUGGAAGAAAACCACUGUCAUCCACUUGAUAAUGAUGGCUGGCCUACUGGCCCAACGGAAAACCUGGAACGGAAGCCAAAAAUCGAGGAAUCCUUUGAGGAGCUCAGACUGCCAAUACAUGGCAAAGAUGUCAACAAUCAAGGCUGUGAACCGGUUGUUGAGAUUCCACGUAUUCUUCGAGCUUGGCCCAUGAGAUAUCCUGAAGAGACUCUACAGGAUCGGAUAUACAGGGCAUUAGAAGGCAAUGAUCAAAUAACCAGAGGCUUCUUCCCGGCCAAAUCACUCUCACACAUACUCAAUGAACAAACGGUUUAUAUGGAGCUCCUUGGUCGCCUUUCCCUCGAUAUCUACGAUCGAGAUGAAAUAUGGACAACGGCACAGAAGGUCUGCGGGACAUCAUCUACCAGCAUUCCAGGUGUAUCAUUUCGAAAGAUAUUUGCCAUACUGGUUAUGAUCGAGAAGACGGCAGCUAUCGUCAAGUUCUUGGACCAGGACGUCAAUGACUCCGAUCUCCCACUUGAAGCAUACUAUCCGCCGUCCAAGAAACUUGUUUCUGAGCUUCGACGAUCGAAUGCAAAAGACGGCAGAGUUGAGAUCAAAUUGUUCCGUGCUGGAUGGACGACCGGUCAGAUGAUCAACUUUGAAGAGAAGCAAUGGACAACACUGGCCCCUAUCUUCAAGAGAUCGGACGAGGACAAAAUUGUGUCCCAUUACACUUCAUCGAGUGGCAAAAUUCCCUUGCCGUUCAUCAAAGGUGUGUACGGAGAAGGUGUAUUUGAGUUUGAGGGUGGGGGCGGUCGUGUCUCCAAAGUCAGGAUUCAUCCUGAUCAUCAUUCAUUCCAUUACACAUAUUGUCCUCUUAAUGCCUCUACACCUGAAGCAAACAGAUCUAUCGACGCCGCCACCCAUUCUAUGGACAUCUGCCCCUGCCACUUUGCAAUCAAAAAGCUGCACUCCUCACCCGCAGUCUUCAAGCAGUUUAAAAAUGAGGUUGAUGUGCUCAGAAGGUUUAGCAAUGAAAAGAACAAGCAUCUUAUCUCUUUGUUGGCCACUUAUGAGCACAGUGGCAACUAUUACCUGAUUUUUCCACUGGCGAAGGGCAACCUGAGAACUUAUUGGCAGGAAAUACAUCCGAACCCACGAAUGAACCGCUCGACCGUAUUAUGGGUUGCCAAGCAAUGCCAGGGAAUUGCAUAUGGAGUAUCGGCAAUCCAUCAGUAUCGGUCGGGUAACUGGAGCAACCUUGAGGCAAGGGAUUACAAAAACGCUCAGUUUGGUCAUCAUGGCGACAUCAAACCCGAGAACAUCUUGUGGUUUCAAGAUGGGCACGGGAGCAGCCCUGAUCCGUCGGGUUUUCAAGCGGGGACCCUCACGCUAACGGACUUCGGCCUCGCUGCUAUCAACACAGACCGCACCAUCUCGAGAAACCUGGUCGAGUUUCCUUGCUCGAGAGACUAUUCUGCUCCCGAAGCUGACCUCAUGAACUGUGGUCCUCCUGGGAGACAAUACGACAUGUGGACACUGGGUUGUGUUUACCUCGAGAUUGUCACUUGGAUGAUUGGAGGAUGGAGCCUUCUAGAGGAAUUCACACGCAGCCGAAGUGCGACUGACCACCAACCUUUUUGGACUUCACUCGGAAUCAAGACAGCCACAUUUUUCGAGCUCCAAUUCGAAGGUCUCGGCAUAAGUCCAGCACGCAUGACGGCCAGAGUAAAGCCACAAGUAACCAAGUUCAUCGAAAGACUCCACUGUGACCCGAGAUGCACCAGAUUUCUCCACGAAUUCCUUGAGAUGAUUCAGGAUGGUUUGCUCAUAGUCAGGGAGAAUGGGAGCAAGGAAUUCAGGUAUACCAGUGAGCAAGUUCACGUAAAACUGACCAAGAUGCUGGAAAGUUGCAAGAAUUCAGAGCAGUACGGAUGCGAACCAUGCCCCUGGAAAAGCAAGUCGAGCCGGAACUGACAAGAGCCGAUGCGAUAACACCGGGUGGUUUGCUUUCAAUCAUGAAUGGAUGAUAGAUAGAGGUAUGAAAAGAUUGAUGCUAAUGUGAACGAUUACUCGUGAAUUAGUUCACGAGGUAAAUCUUCUAAGGAGAUGUCCUUGUCAAUGCUUGGCUACCUCUACUGGACGUUGGCCAGUUCCUCAUCUUAAGACCUUUGUCUCUGUAUGAAGACCUACCAAGGGUAAAGAUAAU